CUUGACAUCGUCAAUUUUAGACCCGAUUGUUUAUUUGGGAGCUUAAUUUUCAGAUUUUAACUAGUUGCAGAACGGAAAAUAAUAUUUGUUGAUUAGUCAAAUGUUUUCUAGGAGUUGUUUUAAUUCAAUAGAUGAAUUAAGGUAUAGUUUCAUUAGAGAGUUUUGGUCAGAGACGAUAACUCUGCUUCUAUGAAGUGAUUUUGUUUUUGGAUAACAAAAACAAUUCAAAGAAGGUGAAGAAUCAUAAGAAGAAGAACGAAAUGUCAGAUUCGCCUAGUUCUUCUCCAUCAGCACCGUCCCCUGAUUCAUCUACUCCUCUUAGCCCGCCACCUCCAAAUGGCGGUCCCUAUCAAGGGAAGACACAUUUCACCUAUGAAGAGCUAACGGACAUAACAGAAGGAUUUUCUAAGCAAAACAUACUUGGAGAAGGAGGGUUUGGUUAUGUCUACAAAGGUAAACUAAAUGACGGAAAACUUGUUGCUGUUAAGCAGCUUAAGGUUGGUAGCAGACAAGGUGACCGUGAGUUUAAGGCGGAGGUUGAGAUUAUUAGUCGUGUUCACCAUCGCCAUUUGGUUUCUCUUGUUGGAUACUGCAUUUCGGAUUCAGAGAGAUUGCUUAUCUAUGAGUAUGUUCCUAACCAAACCUUGGAGCAUCAUUUGCAUGGGAAGGGAAGGCCUGUCCUUGAAUGGGCUAGGAGAGUCAGAAUCGCUAUAGGUUCUGCCAAAGGUUUGGCGUAUUUGCAUGAAGACUGUCAUCCAAAAAUCAUUCACAGGGACAUAAAGUCCGCAAACAUCUUGCUGGACGAUGAGUUUGAAGUUCAGGUUGCUGACUUUGGACUUGCCAAACUCAAUGAUACAACACAAACUCAUGUAUCAACUCGCGUUAUGGGAACCUUGGGGUACUUGGCACCAGAAUAUGCACAAAGUGGAAACCUGACUGAUAGAUCAGAUGUUUUCUCGUUUGGGGUUGUUCUCUUAGAGCUUAUAACCGGACGCAAACCAGUUGACCAGUACCAGCCUAUGGGAGAAGAGAGUUUGGUUGAAUGGGCUCGUCCACUGCUUGACAAAGCCAUUGAGACCGGCGAUUUCAGCGAACUAGUUGAUAGACGGCUGGAAAAGAAUUACGUGGAGAAAGAAGUUUUCAGAAUGAUUGAAACGGCCGCUGCUUGUGUUAGGCAUUCUGGUCCAAAACGUCCACGCAUGGUUCAGGUUUUGAGAGCACUGGAUAGUGAAGGGGACAUGGGAGAUAUCAGCAAUGGAAGAAAAGUGGGACAAAGCAGUGGUUAUGAAUCUGGUCAGACUAAAGUUGUGAUAAAGGACAUCGGGUCCACUUUAGUAAAAGGAGUGGUAUCAGGGACUAUGUUGCUCACACGUGUGAUGUAUGAUUCUUAUCAGAAUCGACACGAGAGAAGGAAACACGAGAGUAAGAAGGAGUCUGAUAUAAAUAAGAAAAGAGGUGCAUCUUGAAUUAAGUGGGAGGUUAAUCGCUACGAGACUACGGUGUGGAGAGAAGAAUUUGAAGGGAUGCUGAUCUCACUUUUCAUAACAACUUUACUUACUUGAAAUUGAAAUACAUCAUUAACCAAAUAGAGUUGCAUCUUAAACCAGAUAAAAAAAUGAUGCGUGUUUACAUA